GUGGAAAGAGCAUAUGCAACUACUAAGCUUCCACUUCCUUAUCCCAUGAAUCAUGGAGAAGACGUCGCUUUGAAAUAAUUAGUAGAGACAAGGAGACAAAUCUAUCAGUUAGAUUCUAAAUUAUCGCGCCCCCACCCACUCUUUCCUGUCCUGUCCAUCCAGUUUUUUCUCCAUUUUCUUUUCAUACUUUCUCUAUAAAACCAGACUAUCUCUAGACCCUGCUUUUCAAAUUCUCUGUAACUAGCAAGCUUACCCAUUUUGAAACUCUCUCUUGGGUCAUCUUCCUUGGGGUUAAGAAUGGCAGUGGCUAAGGCUAAGCCACUUUUGCUUGCUUUCUUCUUGUUGAUCUCUGGAGCUGCUCUUGGAGCUGUACCUUUUGAAGGCUAUUUGGCAAAUGGAAACUUUGAGGAGAGACCAAAAGCGCCAGACAUAAACAAAACAGUUCUCUUAGGUAAAAAUGCUCUUCCAGGAUGGGAAAUCAUGGGUCUGGUUGAGUACAUCCAUGGUGGACCUCAACCAGGCGGCAUGUUCUUCACCGUGGCUCGCGGCAUCCAUGCCGUGAGGCUUGGAAAUGAAGCCUCAAUCUCUCAAACCAUACAUGUAGAACCAGGUUCACUGUAUGCACUCACAUUUGGUGCAUCAAGGACUUGUGCUCAAGAUGAGGUUUUGAGAGUUUCAGUUCCUCCUCUAAAAGGGGACCUGCCUUUACAAACAUUGUACAGCAGUGAUGGUGGUGAUACAUAUGCUUGGGGGUUUAUACCCAAAUCUGAUUAUGUCAAAGUGAUCUUCCACAAUCCUGGGAUUCAAGAGGAUCCUGCUUGUGGUCCACUUUUGGAUGCUGUUGCUAUCAAGAAGUUAACUUUUCCGAGGCCCAUCCCAGGUAACUUGGUGAAGAACCAUGGGUUUGAGGAGGGUCCUCAUUCCCUGGAAAACACUACAAAUGGUAUCCUCCUUCCACCAAAACAGGAAGAUCUAACAUCUCCCUUACCCGGCUGGAUCAUCGAGUCACUAAAAGCCGUGAAAUUCAUAGACUCAAAGCACUUCAAUGUCCCCUACGGACGAGCAGCAGUAGAACUCGUAGCAGGAAGAGAGAGUGCCAUUGCCCAAAUCCUGAGAACAAUAACUAACCAAACCUAUACCCUCUCAUUCAACAUUGGUGAUGCAAGAAACGGUUGCCAUGGAUCAAUGAUGGUAGAAGCAUUUGCUGAUAAACACACGCUGAAAGUUCCAUUCACAUCCGAAGGAAAGGGUAAGUUCACGGCAGCAAGUUUUGAGUUCAAAGCAACCUCAACCAGGACUAGAAUCACAUUCUUUAGCUCGUUCUACCACACCAGGAUUGAUGACUAUGGAUCUCUCUGUGGCCCCGUCAUCGAUGAGGUUCGAGUCUGGCCUGUCCGUUAGGUUGUUAAGUUCUAGUAACACUUUAUGCAGAGUAUGGUGAGAUACAAGUUUGUAAAAUAUUUGAGGCUUCUGAUAUCUUCUGUUUUGAUUAUCAAGAGUCUUUGUUGUCUUGUAGUUUAAAUUUUUAGCUUAAAAACAUGCCAGUGGACAUGCAUAAAAAUUGAAGUACCAGAGAUAUGAAAUUUCCUGUUUUGGAA